GCUCGGUGCCGCCGCCGCUCGGUCCUCCCGCCGGUGCCGGACCUCCUGCUUCCCGGCAGGCCGUGCGGCGGGGAAGAUGGCGGCGUCUAUGGGCCGGCUGCUGGUGGCGGUGGAGAGGCCGCUGGGUCGGGGGGGCGGCGGCGGCCGGCUGGUUUGCCUUGGUUUGGAAGCAUUGCUUAGCCCUGUUAAGCUGUGUGCCUCUGCAACCAUCAUUCCCGUACGAACAAAGAAGAGGCAUUACGUUCCACCACGUAAACAGGACAGCUCUGCUGAUCAGGAGAAACUAGCACGAGCUGCAGGGCUGGUGAUUCGGCAGCAGUACAUUGAGCGGCCCAUCAACAUAUCGUGUACAGCUGGGAUAUUUGAUCCGUAUGUUCCACCGGAGGGUGAUGCUCGCAUGUCCACUCUAACGAAGGCAGGUCUGAAACAACGCAUGGAGCAGGCCAAGCAAAGUGCAGCCUCGCAGCUUGCAAUCCGGAAGGUGAAGGAAUACGAUAGUGAAUUCAGCACAAAGGACUUUGCCUCAAAGGCCCAAGACAUUUACAUAAAUGCACAUCAGUGCCUUGUGGAUUUUGACAAAGUAAAGCUUCAUAAAUUGGUAACAGAGCGAUGUUACCCGGAUAUGGUACGUGGCAACAGGUUCAAGACGAUUCGCUGGAAGUUCCUGCAAUCACUGGAAGCACCGAAGAUUGUACACAUCCGAUGUCCUGACAUGGUCAGCAAGGGGAACGUGUACGGUCAGGUCACCGUCCGAUUCCACACCCAGCAGACUUUAGCCAUUUAUGACCGAUUUGGUCGGCUGAUGUACGGCAACGAAGAUUUACCAAAAGAUGUCUUGGAGUACGUGGUGUUUGAGAGGCACUUAGUCAAUCCCUAUGGGUCAUGGAGAAUGCACGGAAAGAUUGUACCUGCUUGGGCCCCACCCAAGGAUGCUAUCAUUAAGACCAUUAUGAUUCCUGGACCCAAGCUGCAGCCGUGGGAAGAGUUUGAAGCAAAGAAUAUCGAGGUUCCUAAAGCUGAAUCUAUACAGUGGAGCAAGUGAGAAAGCCUGCAGGGAGAGAGACAGACUGAAAAUGUUUCUGUGUUGCUGUUUGUGCUGGGACAUUGUAUUUCAUCAAUUGCAGAGGACUCGUUAAAUUUCUGUACAGCCUGGCAUCCUGCAUCCAUCUCCUCAAUCUGCAUUAACUGACCAGUGCCAGACCCUGCGAUACAAACCAACUAGCACUGAACCAGUACAUAUAUUAACCCACUUAUGUGUACAUUUCCUUCACAUGUUUUCCAACAGAAUCAUUUAAAUCAGAAUCUAAAGCUGUAUUAUUGAAUCCCAGUCCAAUCCCAGCACAAGUUUAUUUCACUUGUUAAUUCUUGUUUUCUCUCUGACCAACCUGCAGGAACUGGUGUCUCACAGUAACUGUAAAGUGGGUUUAGCAGCUCAAGAUGUACAGGCUGAUGUUGUAAAACCUACAGUGAGCAAUGCCCUAGCUGGUCUUUAUACCAAGAGCAGAGACGUGCUUGUAAUGAUUCAUCACUGAUUCAUCCAAAUUCUUAUAAGUAGCUAUCUACAGUGAUCAUGGCAUUCCUCCCAAAGUAGUGAUUCUAGUUUGGUUUUCACUGCACUCUGUACAGAUGGUGAGUACUUAGAGAAGAGCAGCUAGUUUGUAGUCUGAUGGAAGAAGAACUGAGGAAUCAUGUUCUCUCACUGAUGGAGUUGGCAGGCAUCAGCAAAAAACUGUGAGAUGCCAGCCCUAUCACCCAGUCUGUGAACAUCAGACUGAAGGGCACAACUUUAUAAAUGAUGGUAAUCACAAUCCUUGAUUUUAUAGUAUACUUGUCAGAGUCCAAGGUUUGCUGUUUCCAUUUGAUAAAUAAUAAAAUAUAAGUUUGGA